GUGUUCAGCUGUGAAGUCGGAUCGAGGCAAACAGGUCAGUCAGUCGGUGGACUUUCAGCAGUGACAUGAUGGCAGCAGCACCUGAUGAUGAUUUUAACAAACCAGAACACAGCAGCUCAGAGUCUGAGGACUUGUCUGAGCUGAGGGUCGUUCUGCUGGGGAACAGCUGGUCUAAGAGGAGCUCAGUGGGCAACUUCAUACUGGGAGUGACUGUGUUCAGCUCUGAGGAUAAAGCAGACCUCUGUCUGAGAGUCAAAAGGGAGCUGAAGGGGAAAGAAAUCGAUCUCAUCAACACUCCAGAUCUGCUGUCUCCUAAAAUCUCCCCAGAAGAUCUGAGGAAACAAGUUGAGGACUGUGUGAGACUGUCUGCUCCUGGACCUCAUGUGUUUCUGCUGGUCCUCCAGCCUGCAGACUUCACUGAGGAUCACAGACAGAGGCUACAAAGAGUCCUUGAACUCUUCGGUGAUCCAUCAUUUGAUCGUUCACUGGCUCUGAUAAUGCCCAAAGACAAGAGUUCAAGUUCCAUUGAAAAGUAUCAGCAGCAUCCACAGUUAGGAGAGAUUAUCAAGAAAUGUAGAGAAAAAUUGUUGUGGCAGAAGAACCUGGAACAAGAGCAGCUGUUAGCAGCCAUAGAUACAGUGGUGAAGAAGAGCACGAGGGAGGAAGUUUCCAGUGAGGAAACAUCGGUUUCACCCAGUCAAGAUGAGGAAGAAAAAGUCUCUGCCAGCUUGGAUCUUAUUAGGGGCGGUGAGUCUAAAACUGUGUUUUCUACUCUGGUUUCUGGAGGCAGCAGCCUAAGCAGAGAACCUCACACCUUGCUCUUUCUCGACAACUCCUCUAGCUUAUCCGGUGGAAUACCAAAGCAUUCCCAGGCCUCAUGCACUAGCUCAGGCUCCUUCCCCACCAGAGAGAUGGGUUACCUAAAGGAGGAUGGGCCUAUGUUCCUUCUUCAGGUUGCACCCGGCCAGGCUCUAUGGGCUAAGGCAAGUCACCAGAUGCUCUCCCUCGGGUCACCUCCCAUGUCCUAG